UGUUUACAAGACUAUACUAUCUAAUUCCUUCGUGCGUCCCUGGCUAAACGGUAGCUAGCUUUGUACAUUGCCUUCCCUUCUAGAAACCUACUUCUCUUCAGAUUUUGCCAUAUUUCUCGUUGGUGUGCAUCUUCACUAUCCAUGGAUCGUCUACAGGCUCUAGAGAUCACCCAUUUACAGAAGCUGCAGCAUAUUUUUGGCGACUAUUCUGAGACUAUGUUGUUCUUGUCUCAUUUAGGGGAUCCACGUAGUGCUUUCUUAGUAUAUGUUCCGUUGGUGUAUUGCAUCAGCCGAGGGGCGGGGUUGAAGGUGUUGUGGGCUGCAGUUACAUCUGAAUGGCUCAACCUUGCCCUUAAAUGGUUACUGAAUGGUCAACGACCAUAUUGGUGGGUACAUGAAUGCAACAUGUACAAAGAAAACAACCGACCAAUCAUCAAGCAGUACAGAUUGACAUGUGAAACAGGCCCAGGUGUGCCAUCUGGUCAUGCAAUGGUUACUACUGCAGUAUGGUUCAUCAUGAUGUCAUCCCUAACAACACACCUGGCAAUAGCAUAUAAACCUAGUCAGAGGAGUCUUAUGAUGAGGUUUAUUUGCAUAUUGCCAUGGUUAUUCCUGGCUGGAUUGGCAUCGGUCAUAUGUGUGUCUCGGGUCUUCAUAGCCACUCACUUUAGCCAUCAAGUAUUGCUUGGUGUUGCUGUUGGUCUCCUAGUUGGACUUGUAAUCUCCAAUCUCCAAGUGGAAAGUUUCUCAACAUCCACUCAUCUUGCUUUCGCCAUCUUUGUGGUCAUGGCCACACUUAUCCAAUCUGGAAUCAUGGUGGCCCUGAACUUUGACCCUACAUGGUCCAUGACCCUUGCCCUAAGGUGGUGUGAACGUCAGGAGUGGGUUCACCUAGAUACGACACCUCUGUUCUCCAUAGCACGAGACUUUGGUAGCUUAACACUCUUGGCCUUAACAGAAUGGUUCAUUACAACCAAAGAAGUUAUCAGUGGUGGACGUAAAAUUGCAGCUUUGUUAACCAGCUUGAUCUUGGCACAGCUCAUUGAACUGGUCAAAUUACCAACAGACAGUGUUGGUAUUUUUUACGCAAUGGGAGCCGUUAAAUUUGGUGCUGUAAUGGCUGCCAUGGCAAUUGUCAAGCAGUUGUGUUGCUAUGGUGAGAAGAACAAAACUGUUUAAGUGAUAUGAUUCAGUUUAUAAUUUAUUUGGAACAAUGAUGACAAGAGGACCAAACCUACCUGCUAAAUAUAAACUUGCCUUGAAUUGAUACUAAUCAGUUGUCAUUAGUAUGAACACACAUUGUGAACUGUGCUUCCACAUAAAAAGCCAGGCUAGCAUUUUUUACCAAAUCUACAUAAAUGUGUAUAAUUAUUUUGCAAGUAUAAAUAUUCAAUUCUAGUGCCAGUGUAAACUUUUUAAGAGCAUGAGAUGUUUCACAAAUAUUUCCACAAACCGGUAACUAGCAUGACUGCUGGUUAUAUAAACUAUAAUUUGGACUUCAUAGUAACUGGCAAUGACACUUUCUGCUCAAACCACACAUCAAUUAGUUUUUAUUGCUCAGUCAGAUUAGCACAUUGUGAAAUUUAUGUAGUCGAGUUAUCACAGUAAGCAGUUCUGGAAUAUGGUUUUUUAUUCCCUUUUUUAACUUCAAGACAACUUAUGCAGCUGGAAAUCUCAAAAUAAAAUGCUUAUCCAACACUGAUCUCUUUAACAAUUCCACGAGUAUUGUGUAGCCUAUCAAAAUGAGAUACAUAUGUCAUUAGUUUCGUUAAUAUUUAUUAAACUGGCUCUUAUAAAGAAUUUACUAAAGACAAUGGGCCCGACAUGACUGAAAUAUAAAAAGCAGACCGUUUUGAAUGAUUCUGUAGUUGAAAUGGCAUUAAAUUUUACCCAAUUUUGGAAUUAAACUAUUAAAUUGUUUUAAUGUAAGUAACAUGAACCUAAUGUUGAAGUUGACAGGUGUUACCGAUAUUUUGCCUGGCGAUGUGUAUGCAUAUACAGUGUACAUCAAUAUGUAUCAAACUGCCAAAGGUUACCAAUUUGGCUUCCUUUUUCAGCAGGUGUUAAUGUGUGCAGGAUUAUGUAAAGUCAAAAAAGAAAGAUACAAAGAUUUAAUUGCAAUUUUCUGCUGACUGGAAAUUGAAGUCAAAUCAAUCAUAAAUUCACAUUCAGAUCAAUUAAAUUAAAUCUAUAUAAACUAGACAUACAUAUAUAUCAUCAUGCGUGUUAAUUUUUAAUACAUGUACUAAUAAUUUUUGCUGAGCAAAAUCAAGGUAUUGAUAUAAAUAUGAACUCAAUUUCCAAAAAUUAAAGUGAAUAAAUUGGAAGUAUAACUAUAAUUAUUACAUUAUAAUUAUCAAUUAAAUGGUAUGACAAGCAUAAUAAAGAAACCAACAGAUUUAACAUUGCUUCAACCUUUACCUCUACGUUUUGGGGCAAGUUCUCAAUGAAAAUUAUUCAAAAAUCUUCUUUUGAAAGCAAAAGAAAAUGUCUAUCAACACAUUUUGCAAGAAAGUGAAAUUCUAGCCAUUUUUCAGUUGUGGAAAUUAACACCAAUGAAUCAAAACUGAUCAACUUAAAGCAAAUCCACAAGAAAGGCUCUGGUGAUACAUGACAUUCUGCUAGGUGCCUAGUGCCACACAAACAAGGGAUCCAGAACCAAUAUUUUGGACAGGGGGCAAACUUGUUUGGUAGCCAAAAAAAUUGCAAUGGCCUUUCUGAGGGGUGAGGCAACAUUUUGGGGGCUUUAAACCUGCUUUGGAAGAAAAGAAAAUGGAACAGACCAAUAAAUUGCCUUUCAUUACUUAAAACAAACUGGGGGGGGGGAGCUUCCUUUGGGUGGAGGAAUGGCCCACGGUAGCAAGCCCUGCACCACACACAGAUUCCAAAACAGAUUAAUGCAAACUCUGACAAAUAUGUUGUGUAACUGUACACAGUAUAUGGUUCAUUACAUGAACACUUGGACCAAUGAUAGUAGCCCGACUCAUUCAUGCCGGAAUUCCACAAUGUGAUAGAUACCUAUCACGUCAAUCACAAUAACAUCAUGACAGAUGGUUAUACCUUCAAAGUACAUGUACACGUGCUUUCUGUAUAAUUGUUUUGAAUGUAAAAGGGCCAAUAGAGUGCGUGAUAAAGGAUAUUCUAAGAUGAGAAAAAAAUAAAAACAGUGGUUUCCUAUGCAACUGUUUACACUGAGA